AUGUCCGCCCCUUCCUCCUCCCCGGGCCUCGUCGAGCGCGUCUCCAACUUCGUUGCGGAGAACAAGCGCGCCGUGCUCAUUGGCACCGCCGCGGCCGUCGUUGCCGCAGGCGGCGUCGCGUACUAUGCGUCCACGUCCCAGAGACCUCCGCCGGGGGCUGACGAGGAGAAGGGAGAACGCAAGGGGAAGAAGAAGUCCAAGUCGAAGAAGCACAAGGCGGCCAAGGACCAGGAUUCUCCCAUCUUGGAGGAGCGGGCCCCCAAAGCUGCCGACGUGUCGGAUGCUGCUAUGUCUGAUGAUGAACGCUCCAAGGCCGCUGCUUCAUUGAAGACGAAGGGCAAUCAGGCGUACCAGCAGCGCAAGUUCAGCAUAGCUGCUGACUACUACACCCGUGCUAUAGAAGUCUCCCCCAAGCCGGAACCCGUCUUCUAUAGCAAUCGUGCUGCAUGUUACAUCAACAUGUCGCCGCCUAAACAUGAAUUGGUUGUGGACGAUUGCAACAUCGCUCUCAGCCUCGACUCGUCUUAUGUCAAGGCGCUCAACCGGCGGGCAACGGCAUACGAAGCUCUUGGUGACUUCGAGCAGUCUCUGCGAGACUUCACCGCCGCCACUAUCCUGGACAAGUUCCAGAAUGAGAGCGCGGCGCAGUCGGUAGAACGUGUUCUGAAGAAGCUGGCGACCAAGAAGGCGGAGGAAAUUCUUCAACACCGGGAGAAGCGUCUUCCGUCGUUCACCUUUGUGUCGGCUUACUUUGCGGCUUUCCGUUCACGACCCUUACCUACCUUGCCCGAAAACCCGCAGACAGGCGACAGCACUCUCAUCCUUGCCCUCGAGGCGCUCGGAGCAGCGGAUUACACUCACUCGUUAUCCCUCGUGAACGAGGCACUCGAGCAAGGCAUCUCAUGGGACGCUGGCAAAGCCGAAGCACUCAACCUCCGGGGAACGUUCAAGUUCCUCGUCGGUGACGUCCUUGGUGCUAAGGAUGACCUGCAGGCCUCGAUCGACCUCGUGCCUGCGUUCACACAGAGCUGGGUGAAGAUCGCUAGCGUUUACAUGGAACAGGGUGAUCCCCGCAAGGCGUUCGAGUGCUUCGAGGAGGCUAUCAAGCACAACCCUAAUGACCCCGAUAUUUACUACCAUCGUGGACAAGUGUUGUUCAUCAUGAACGAGUUUGCGCAGGCUGCGGAGAACUAUACGAAGUCGACCAGCCUCGACGACCAGUUCGUGUUCUCCCACAUCCAACUCGCCGUCGCGCAGUACAAGUCCGGCGACCUCGCUAAGUCGAUGGCGACGUUUCGCAAGACACUGCGUGCCUUUCCCCAGCGGUCCGAGCCGCAGAACUACUACGGCGAGCUGCUACUCGACCAGGGCCGAUUCGAGGACGCAGUGGAGAAGUUCGACAAGGCAAUUGAGCUCGAGAAGGCCAAGCCGCCACCGAUGAACGUGCUGCCGCUUGUGAACAAGGGUCUCGCCCUAUACCAGUGGAAGCAGGACAUCGGUGCGGCGGAGCGCUGCUGCGAAGAGGCGCUGAAGAUUGACGCCGAGUGCGAGGCCGCAGUGGCGACGCUAGCGCAGCUGAGCCUGCAGCAAGGCAAGAUCGGCGACGCUGUCGAGCUGUUCAGGCGGCAGUCCGAGCUCGCGCGCAGCGAGCCUGAGUUGGUUAAUGCGCUGACGUACCAAUACGCGUCCGCGGCGCAGAUGGUCUUUGUGGAGAACUACCCCCAGAUGGCCAGCCAGCUCAGUCAAAUCGCUCGCUCUAUGGUAUAA